UCUGUGUUUUUCUGGCAACAUUACAGGUAAAAGCUGUCAAAUGAAGCCUCAGACUUAAAUUAUGUCCGAAACUGGAAAAAGUGAAGACAAAUUUCAGUUUUUGCGAACGGGGGAUGAGGUCGUUUUGCAGAGCACCUUCACUUAUCAGGAGGAACAUUUGAAACUGUGCCUUGCUGCUGAAGGAUUUGGCAGCAGACUUUGCAAGCUUGAGCCUGUUUCAAACUGCAAGAAUGUUCCGCCUGAUUUGUCCGUGUGUGGCUUUGUUCUGGCUCGGUGUCUGUCUGUGCGGGCCCUGCAGGAAAUGUUGGCCCAAAGUGAGCAAGCAGCUGCAGAGGUAGGAGAUGGAGGAAGCCAUCGCACUCUCCUUUAUGGCCAGGCAGUGCUGUUCAAACACUCAUACAGCGGCAUGUAUCUGAGCUGCUUGUCGUCAUCUCAAUCUUCAACUGACAAGCUGGCUUUUGACGUUGGUCUGCAGCAGGAUAAAACAGGUGGGGAGGCUUGUUGGUGGACCGUUCAUCCAUCAUCCAGGCAAAGGUCAGAGGGCGAGAAGGUGCGUGUUGGAGACGACCUCAUACUGGUCAGUGUGGCUUCAGAAAGAUAUCUGCACCUAAUCUUUGGAACUGUUUGUGACAACAAAAGCCUGAGCGACAGUUUGAUUGUCAAUGCAGCCUUUCACCAAACUCUGUGGAGUGUUGCUCCCAUCUGUGCAGGAGGUGCAGUGGCUCAAGGUUACCUGAAGGGCGGUGAAACCUUGCGGUUGCUGCACAGCCACAGCGAUGCAUGUCUGACUGUUCCUUACACAGAACAGGGAGAGGAGCUUCAACGGAUAAUUCAAUAUGAGACUGGAUCAGUUUCCACUUAUGCUCGUUCACUCUGGAGGCUGGAAAUACUGCGUGUUGCCUGGAGUGGCAGACAUACAUGCUGGGGCCAGCCGUUCAGACUCUGCCACGUUACUACUGGGAGAUACCUGGGCUUCACAGAAGAGAAAGGCCUUCAUCUGGUUGAUCGAGACAAAGCUAAUAUUAACACAAGCUCCUUCUGCUUCAGGUCAUCAAAGGACAAGCCUCACUCUGGUGCAAGGACUGAUGCUGAUGGGAUGGGGCAUCCAGAGAUCAAGUAUGGGGACUCUGUUUGUUACGUUCAGCAUGUUUAUUCAGGGCUCUGGCUAACUUACCAAGCUGAUGAUGCCAAGUGUCAAAUGGGAGGGACUCAGCGAAAGGCUGUUUUACACAGUGAGGGUCACAUGGAUGAUGGACUGUCGCUGUCUCGAUCUCAGAGAGAAGAAGCUCACACAGCAAGACUGAUCCGGAGUUCCCUUCUUCUGUUCAAUUGGUUUAUAAGGAAACUAGAUGGAUCUCAUCAAGAUGGAAACCUUCCCUCCAUCAGCAUAUCAAUGCCUUUAAUGACAUCCAGUCUCCAGGACCUUAUCAACUACUUCCAAUCUCCAUGUGAUGCACUAAACCAGGAAGACAAACAAAACUACCUAAAUGUGCAAAAGAAACGACAGAACAUGUUUCAAGAGGAGGGUGUGAUGGAUUUGGUCCUUGAAUGUAUUGACAACCUGCACCAAUAUAGUAGUGCUUCCCAUUUUGUUGAGGCUGCUUCUGAAGGUGGCGGAGGGUGGGAAGUCGUCCUUAACUGUUUUUAUGAGCUCUUGGCUGCCAUGAUCCGUGGAAACCGGGUAAACUGUGCACAUUUCUCAGGCUCUAUGGACUGGCUUUUUAGCAGACUGGAUCGACUGGAGGCCUCAUCUGGGGCCCUGGAGGUGUUGCAUUGCAUCCUAGUAGAGAGCCCCGAAGCAUUAAAGGCCAUCAAAAAAGGACACAUAGAGUCCAUCAUCUCAUUUUUAGACAAGCAUGGACGCAUCAAUAAGGUUCUGGAGGUGCUGUGCUCCCUGUGUGUGUGCCAUGGUGUGGCCGUGCGCUCCAAUCAGAACCUCAUCUGUGACAGUCUGCUGCCAGACAGAGAUUUGCUCCUUCAAACCCGGCUGGCAAAUCAGGUCACCAGCAUGAGACCAAACAUCUUCAUAGAUCCAGGAGAGGCCUCCUCUCAGCAUCGGAGAUGGUACUUUGAGUUGGUUGUGGAUCAUGUCAACACCUUUCUCACAUUUGAACCUACACACCUGCGCGUUGGCUGGGCUUGCACUAAAGGCUACCAACCGAGGCCAAGGGGAGGAGAAGGCUUCGGGGGAAAUGGUGUUGGUGAUGACCUCUGUUCAUAUGGCUUUGAUGGACUUCAUCUCUGGUCAGGCUGUGUGGGCCGCAGAGUCAGCUCUCGCUUCCCCCACCUGCUGAGGGAUAAUGAUGUGGUUAGCUGCUGCCUUGACCUCACUGUUCCAUGCAUAUCUUUUCGGGUCAACGGUUUGCCAGUGCAGGGCAUGUUAGAGAACUUCGUUGCUAAUGGACUUCUUUACCCUGUGGUCAGCAUUUCUGCUGGAGUAAGGGCUUGUUUUCUUUUUGGCGGACGGCAUGGAGAGUUUCGCUUUCUGCCCCCACCAGGCUAUGCUUCAUGCUCUGAGGCUUUGCUUCCAAAAGUCAAACUGAAGGUAGAGCCGUGUCAGAAACAUGUUGUGGAAUGUGAAAAGGAAAGAAAAAAGCUCUUUGGCCCCUUGGUGCCAGUCACUCCAGUUACUUUCUCUCCCACACCGGUUGACAUUAGCAAGGUUGUACUCCCUCCACAACUUGAAGACAUCCGACAAAAAUUGGCAGAAAAUAUUCAUGAGCUCUGGGUAAAGGAUAAGAUUGAUCUUGGAUGGACCUAUGGACCAAUGAGAGAUGAAAGUAAAAGGCAUGACCCAUGUCUGGUCGAAUUCUCCAAGCUGCCAGAGCAGGAAAAAAGCCAGAACCUUCAGACAGCUCAGGACACUCUUAGGACUCUCCUUGCCCUUGGCUUCCACAUCGGGUUGACAAAUGACAAAGCUGAAGCACGUGCCAAAUACACAAGACUUCAUACUAAGUAUGAACUUCUCGGUGGCUACCGGCCUGCACCGAUCGACUUCAGCAAAGUUUUUCUCAGCUCGGCAGAUGAGGAAGUGGUUAAUUUGCUGGCAGAAAAUGACCACAAUGUAUGGGCAAGAGAACGAAUCAAGCAGGGUUGGACCUAUGGAGUCCAGCAGGAUGUAAAAGCAAAGCAGAGUCCACAGCUUGUGCCUUACAGCCUUCUGGAUGAAAGAACAAAAAGAACAGUCAGGGAGGGUGUCAGAGAUGCUGUUUGCACCCUGCUGGCAUUUGGCUACAGUUUCGAGCCCCUCAACCAGGAACCGGCCACAUUAUCACAGCCGUGCCACUUCUCCACAGAGAAGUGCAGAGUGUUCAGACCAGAUAAAUCUUAUGCUGUGACCACAGGGAAGUGGUAUUUUGAAUUUGAAGUGGAGACAGACGGGACUAUGAGAGUGGGCUGGGCUCGACCAGACUGCACUCCAGAUAAAGAGCUUGGCUCAGAUGACCAAGCAUUCGUUUUUGAUGGAUUUGAGGCCCUGUGGCACCAUCAGGGUGGUGAGGCCCUAGGAUGGCCAUGGAUCAGAGGAGAUGUGGUUGCUUGCUUGCUGGAUAUGGGUGAAAGAUCCAUGAUGGUCACACUCAAUGGAGAGCUUCUGUUUAAUCAGCGAGGAUCAGAGCUGGCCGCCAAGGAUUUUGAAAUCAAUGAUGGCUUUUUGCCCAUUGUAAGUGUUGGGGUGAAUCAGGUUGGGAAGCUGAACCUGGGGCACCAAGUGGACUCAUUGAAGUACUUUAAGGCCUGUGGUCUACAAGAGGGCUACAAACCCUUUGCUUUCAAUAUGGCGAGAGACCCACCUCUUUGGAUGAGUUGGAAACAGUCCAUGUUUACAUCCAUACAUGAUUCUGAUCAGAACAUACAGGUUAUUAGAGUUGGUGGGUCUACUGAUGGCUUGUCCAGUCUGAGGGUUUCCCGGCGUUUGUUGGCGCACCACAGUGCAGGAAGCAGGAUGGGUUUUUACCGUCUCAGCCUGCCCGUUGAGUGCGCUGCCACCUUAAGAAGUCCAGCAGAAGUUGUGCUUCCAGGGGGGUCUAACUCUUUAAUCACAUCUCAAGGGUGGAAAGAGCAAGAGGACACAGAUUCUGACUUUGAAGUCCUGAUGAAGUCAGCACACAGCUCUGCUGGCUCCAGAGACGAGCUCAAUCAUAAGGAUCAUGGUCAUGACAAAACAUCCAAACUCAAACAGCGGUUCCUGCUGAAGCGGAACAAACCCAGUUUGGCUAGCAGCGGCUCAUCUGCACGCCUCCUCGAGGAUGUUGUAAUUGACAACGACAAUUAUGAUCGACUCAUCCAGAAUUCCAGGUAUUACUACACAGUGAGAGUUCUUCCAGGCCAGGAUCCAUUCAAUGUCUGGGUAGGCUGGGUGACCUCUGACUUUCAUCAUUACGAAACAACGUUUGACACCAACAGUGUCCACACUGUCACUGUAACUUUGGGAGAUGACAGUGGCAAAGUUCAGGAAAGUGUCAAGCGGUCCAGCUGUUACAUGGUGUGUGCUGGAGAGGCAACAGGACUUUCUCAGAGUCGGAGAAGUACUGGUUUGGAAAUUGGUUGUUUGAUUGACUCAUCGACCGGGCUCCUCACUUUUACGUCCAACGGUGUGGAGAUGUCAACUUUUUACCAAGUAGAGGCCCAAACAAAGCUGUUUCCUGCUGUUUUCGUCAAGCCUACCACAAGUAACAUGUUCCAGUUUGAACUAGGAUGCGUCAAGAAUGCAAUGCCUUUGUCAUCGGGUUUGCUUCGCAGUCAAAGGAGAAAUCCUACACCUCAGUGUCCUCCACGGAUUCAUGUUCAGCAUCUGAGGCCUGUUUCGUGGACUAGAGUACCAGAUAAGGCAUUGAAAGUGUUGGUAGAUCAACCAGCUGAGCACCAUGGAUGGAGAAUUCAGGCCUUUGAGCCUCAGCAAUAUAUGGGCCUUCAGAUUCCUGAUGAAGACAGGUGCAUUGACGUUUUGGAACUGUCGGAAUGUAGGGACCUCCAAACCUUUCACCACAACACCAUUCUCCUUUACUGCUCGUUGUGUUCCCAUGGCAACAGCAGAGUUUGCCAUGCACUCUGCAGUCACAUUGACCAGUCGCAAAUUCUUUAUGCAAUUCAGAACCCGUACCUUGCUGGACAACUUCGAGAUGCUUACUAUCAACUACUAAUUCAGAUUUAUCUAAGCAGCCACACCACAGAGCGCCUCAUGAUGAACGAUGAAUACAUUGUUCCAAUGACGGGUCAAAUCAGAGAAAGUCCUUCACACUGUGCUCUUGAUGGAGGGAUUGAUUUUGAAGGAGCGGGAAUUCCCAACAAUGAUCACAGCACAUCCCUUAAACCACAGAUACACUGCUCUUGUCCUUGUUUUGUGAGGGAGAGGGGAAUGAAAGACGAGAGUGCAGUUGUUCUGGGCUGCACAGACAGCCCGGAAAUCCCUCUGGACAUGUUGAAGGAUCUAACUCUGGAAAUGGUGACUGCUGGGGUUUCAGCAGUGGGUCACGAUGUAAGGGAUCCUGCUGGAGGCAAUGCUGAACUACUGCUUGUUCCUCUUUUAAAGUUGUUGUACCACCUCUUGGUUAUUGGUGUGUUUCGGGAUGAGGACCUUGGGAAGAUCCUUUGGCUAAUGGAGCCAAACGAGUUUUCCAUAAUUGCUCAAAGAUCUGAGCGGGAAAAUGAACAAGAAACACAAGGUCGGACCACACAAGUUGAGGACACUAUUAAACAAGGACUUCUGCAGCUGCAGCUUCCAGAGAGUGUCAAGCUUGAGCUCUGCCAUCUCCUGUCCUACAUGUGUGACUGCCAGGUGCGCCAAAGCGUAGAAGCAGUGAUGGCGUUCUCUGAAGGUUUUGUGCACAAGCUGCAGGAGAAUCAGCAAGUUCGUUACAAUCAAAUCAUGCAAGCAUUUAACAUGUCUACAGCCCUCACUGCUCGCAGGACAAGGGAGUUUCGCCUUCCUCCACAGGAGCAGAUAAAUAUGCUGCUGAUGUUCAAAGAUGACGAGCUGCAAGAAAACUGUCCAUGUCCCCUGGAAACCCAGCAUCUGCUGAAAGAUUUCCAUCACCAACUCAAGACACACUGUGCCACUGAAGCAGACACUGCCUCAGAGGAUGAAGAUAGUGCUGAGAUGCCUUUAAAAGUUCGCCUUCUAAGAAUGGUGGAAAGUGCCACUGGACUCAAAAACAAACCCAAAGAAAAGGAACAGUGUAGAUCACAGAGGCCAAAGUCCCUUAAUAAACUGAUUUCCGAGACGAUGAUACGCUGGGCUCAGGAGAGUGAAAUUGAAAAACCUGAACUGGUUAGAACUAUGUUCACUUUGCUACACCGACAGUAUGAGGGCCUCAAGGGCCAAAUGGAGGAGCCACUUUCAAAGGCCUACAUGAUCAGCCAGGCGUCAGUGGGGGACACCGUGGCCCUCUUGUCGUCUCUUUGUGAAAUCCGUUCUUUACUCGGCAUACGGAUGGGUAAAGAAGAGGAGCAGCUGAUGAUCAGAAGUCUAGGAGAAAUUAUGAAUAAUAAGGUUUUUUACCAACACCCAAAUUUAAUGAGAGCACUGGGGAUGCACGAGACUGUUAUGGAGGUAAUGGUCAACGUAAUGGAAGAAGACGAGUCAAAGGAGGUGACUUUUUCCAAGAUGGUGGCCAGCUGCUGUCGAUUCCUGUGUUAUUUUUGCCGCAUAAGUCGUCACAAUCAGGGAGCAAUGUUUGAUCAUCUCAGCUACUUGCUGAAAAACAGCAGCAUUGGAUUGGCUUUGCCCUCCAUGCGUGGCUCCACCCCCCUUGACGUGGCUGCAGCCUCUGUUAUGGAUAAUAAUGAACUGGCCUUAGCUUUGAGGGAACCUGAUCUGGAGAAGGUGGUUCAAUACCUUGCUGGUAGUUGUCUCCAAAGCUGUCCAACUCUAGUGGCAAAAGGCUACACUGACAUUGGAUGGAAUCCUGUGAAAGGAGAACGCUAUCUGGAUUUUCUACGCUUUGCUGUCUUCUGCAACGGUGAGAGUGUGGAGGAGAAUGCCUAUGAGGUGCUGAGGUUGUUGAUUCGCCGCCCAGAGUGUUUUGGCCCCGCGCUCAGAGGUGACGGGGGAAAUGGACUUCUAGCAGCCAUGAAAGAAGCAAUCAUGAUCUCCCAGGAUGUUUCGAUGGAUGGACCUUACCCAUCUCAGGAGUCCCAGAAGAGCCUACAUGCUGUUCAGGACAAGGACGACGACCGGAUCCAAAUGGGUCACGCCAUUAUGACCUUUUACUCUGCCCUCAUUGAUUUGUUGGGUCGUUGUGCUCCAGAGACACAUUUAAUUCAAGAAGGAAAAGGAGAAGCCAUACGAGUCAGAGCUAUUCUCAGAUCACUCAUUCCCAUCCAGGAUAUUGAAGGAGUCGUCAGCAUCCCCCUUCAACUUCCAUCAGUGUCCAAAGACGGCUUGUUGAUGGAGCCUGACCUCUCUAUAGUCUUCUGCCCGUGCCACAAAGCAGCUAUGGUUUUAUUUCUGGAUCGAGUUUACGGUAUUGAGAGUCAAAGCUUGCUUAUUCGCCUUCUGGAAGUUGGCUUUCUACCUGAUAUUCAGGCAGCUGUUUCUCUUGACACUGUGGAACUAGGAUCCACUGACAUGGCUCUGGCCCUCAACAGAUAUUUGUGUGGAAGUGUUCUUCCUCUUCUGACAAAAUUCUCAGCUCUUCUCCAUGAUUUAGAAGAUCACAUACUGCUGGUUGAUUGUCUAAUCCAGGGAGUCUACCGGCUUUCAGGAGCUUUUAGCUUGACCAAGGCUCAGAGAGAAACCGCUCAGGAUUGUUUGCUGGCUUUGUGCAGUAAACUCCAGGCAUCCGUGAUGCAGCCUCUGCUUCGUCGUCUUGUUUUUGAUGCUCUCCAUCUCACAGACCACAGCACAAUGGCUCUGAAGCUGCUGAUCAGUCACUACAUGCAGAGGUCUUCCUACUAUUCCCAGGCUGGCAGGCGCAGCGACCAGAGUUUGGCCUCUGAAGAAGAACUCCACUUGUCUAGAACGUUAUUUUGGGGCGUCUUUAAGGCUUUGGCAAAGAAGAUCCCAAAGCCUUACAACCCUCAGUUAUAUGAGCUGUGUGCGCAGUGCCUUGUUACAGUAGCCAAAGCUUUGCCUCCUGAUCACGUGGAGUCGGUCUGUUUGUCCCAAAUGGAGCGAAAAUCUUUUAUGGACACAGAUGGACAUUUUGAUCCCCAACCUGUAGAGACAUCCAAUAUGUCUGUGCCAGAGAGACUUGAAUUUGUAGUGAACAAGUAUGCAGAGCACACUCAUGAAAAGUGGUCUCUUGAAAAGUUUGCCAAUGGCUGGGUUCAUGGCGAGCAGCUUUGUGAGGACACGAAAGUUCAUCCUCUUCUUAAGCCAUACAGAGCUUUGGUUGAGAAGGAAAAGGAAGCAUAUCGCUGGGCCAUCAAAGAGACGAUAAAGAGUAUGCUGGCCUUUGGUUGGACCAUAGAGAGGACCAAAGAGGGAGAUACAUUUGACAUUCAAGCUUGUACCCGCGGGGUGUCUCAGUCUGGACAGCUGUCUUUUGAAGGAGCAUCAACCUUCAGUCCCAAACCUUUGGACAUGAGCAGUGUCACUUUGUCAUGGGAUCACUGCGCUAUGGCUGAACAGUUGGCUGAAAACUACCACAAUGCCUGGGCUCAGGCUAAGAAACUAGAACUGGACAGUAAAGGAGGGGGCGGUCACCCGAAGCUUGUACCUUAUGACACCUUGACCACUAAAGAGAGGACUAAGUUCAGGGAAAGAGCCCAAGAUAUUUUGAAGUUCUUUCUGCUCAAUGGAUACACUGUGCGGAGGGAUCGGAAAACAGCGGAAACUGAUUUUCCGGCCACAGCCAACUGCUUUGCAUUGACACUCCUGCAACGACUACUGACUCACACAGAUGAAGCCCAGGACACCAUGUUAAAACUUGAAGUUCUUCAAACCAGAGGUCAGAUGUUGAAAGGAGAGAAGACUCCGGACCAGCAACCAGUAAUCUUUUUUCUCAAGGUUGUUAUACCUGUUUUGGAACAAUAUGUGAAAAGCCACCACCUGUAUUUCAUCUCCACCUGUCUUGGCUCGAGUGGCAACAGGAGCAGUGCCACAAAAAAAGAAAAGGAGAUGAUUGCGUGCCUCUUUUGUAAGGUGGCAGUUUUUGUAAGACAAAGGAUCUCACACAUUGGAGAUGAAGCCUCAGCUGUUGCAAGUUGCCUUUGCGUUCUGUCUCAAGCUCUUGAUGCCAGGACUCUGAUGAAGUCGGUCCAAGAGUCAAUCCAGACUUCUUUGCAUUUGUUUUUUGAGGCAGCAGCCGCUGAUUUGGAGAUGACUGUGGAAAAGCUCUCUGAGACAUCUGUCUCCAUUCCUCAGAGUAGGGGCCAGCUGGCUCGAGGAGUGGCCCAAGCUCUACAUUACACUACUUUCAUUCUUCUCCCCACCCUCACUUCACUCUUCCAUCAUCUUGCUAACCAAAACUUUGGAGUGGACUUCUUGGUUGGUGGAAUCCAAGUGUCCUGUUACAGGAUCUUGAACAGCCUCUACUCUUUCAGAACCACAAGCAGCAUCUACAUGGAAGGACCAGUGGCGGGUGCUUGUCUGGCAGCUCUGACUGGAGCCUUUCCUGUGUGCUUCUUGGAGCCUUCUCUAAAUCAGAACAACCCAUUUUCCAUUUACAACACCAUGAGUGCUACUCAGAUAAAAGACCAGGGAUUACCAGAUCAGGUGGAGGAUGUGUGUCCCCUUCUUCCCUCUUUGGAAGAGGCAUUGGAGCAAGUGAAAGAGUUAGCAUGUGCUGGCGCUGCAGCCCAUCAAACCCACUACAUCCAUGUUGCAGAAAUCACGCUGCCAAUGUUGUGCAGCUACAUUUCCCACUGGUGGUGCUGGGAACCUAAAGAACUUCCAGAUAGUCCACUUUUUACCUCUGUCGGCCCUCAACAUGCAAGCGAUUUACUUGGCCAUAUGCUCCGCAUCUUUUACAACCACGUAGGUGCUAGUCAUUGUCAUUGGAUGAAGCAGCUUGCAGUUUUUUCACAGCGAAUCAUAGGAAGUGCCCCCGUUGAGUUGUUAAAGAGUCACUUCCUCCCAUUGAUGGAGAAGCUGAGGAAGAGGGCGGAAGGAAUACUGCGGGAGGAAGAGCAGAUGAAGGCAGAGAGCUCUUGUACCUCAGAGGGAGAGCUGCUCAUGCAGGAGAAGUACACACUGCUGGUUCGAGAUCUCUAUGCCUUCUAUCCUCUCCUCAUCCAGUUUGUGGAUUGUAAUCGAGCCAGAUGGCUGAAAGAGCCGAUCCCUGAGGCUGAGCAGCUGUUCAGCAUGGUGGCAGAGGUCUUUAUAUUCUGGGCCAAAUCUCAUCAUUUUAAAUGGGAGGAGCAGAAUUAUGUUGUCCAAAAUGAAAUCAACAACUUGGCUUCCUUGAUAAAGAAUGACAAAGCGUUAAAGUUUAACCACAGAGAGAAGAGGAUGAAGAGGAAGGGGGAUCGUUAUUCUGCGCACACGUCUCUCAUUGUGACUUCCAUGAAGAAGCUGGUCCCCGUGGGACUCAAGGGUUGUUUUCAAAGCGACCAGAGCCUUAUCACAUUGGCUAAGAAUGGCUUCUCUCAGAAAAAUACUGAAGAUGAGAUUCGUGAUCAACUUCUUAGUGGCCUGUUGCGAAUUCAACGAGAGGCAUCAAUUAGCAUGAAGCAGGAGAGCCUUUAUGCAGAACAGCUAACACAGCACAGUGCUGUCAAUGACGCACAGAAGAUUGUGGACAGAAUUCUAGAAAUAGCUCGCGUCCUUUAUUACCUGGAUCAGGUGGAACACCCGGAAAGGCGUAAAAAACUUACGAGGCAAAAGGUUCUAUCCAGACAAAGGAAACGUGCAGUGGUAGCCAGUUUAAGGAUGACUCCCCUGUACAAUCAACCCAGGCACCGUGCUGUCAAUCUAUUUCUUUUUGGAUACACCAAAUUAUGGAUAUCAACUGGAGACCACAAGUAUGAGGAGAUGCUGAUAGAGGUUUUGGCUAAGGGAGGAGCCACGAAACGGUGCGAAGGUGACAGAGGGAAAAUAAAGGAUAGGGAGGAAGGUGCGAGGCCAAUCGAUUCCCUCCUCCAACUCAUUACACUCUUCAGUCGAAGUGCCCUGAUGGACAGCAGGCAUGGGACUGACAGUCUCUUUAAGGCCUACACUGAUAUCAUGGCAAAGAGCUGCAGAGACGUUGACAAUGAGGAAGAGCGGCACGUAGAAUGCUUUGAAGAGAAGGAGAUGAAGAAACAGAAGCUGCUUUAUCAGCAGGCCAGGUUGCAUUGUCGUGGAGCUUCUGAAAUGGUGCUCCAAUCCAUUAGUGCAAGCAACGGAUCCAUGGGCUCUAUGAUUGCCUCUACUCUGAAACUGGGCAUUGCUCUUCUCAACGGGGGAAAUGCUGCUGUUCAACAGAAAAUGCUGAAAUAUCUGAGGGAGAAGCAGGAUGUUUGCUUCUUCCAAAGCAUGUCUGGACUGAUGAGAUCUUGUAGUGUUUUGGAUCCGAAUGCCUUUGAGAGGCAGAAAAAAGCAGAAGGAUUAGGCUUGACCAUGGCUGAGAGCUCAGGAGGCAAAGUGAUGCCUGACAAAGACUUAACUUGUGACUUAUUCCGUUUCCUACAGCUACUCUGUGAAGGCCAUAACGCAGACUUUCAGGAUUAUUUAAGAACGCAGACUGGAAACAACACUACUGUCAACAUCAUUAUAUCCACUGUGGACUAUUUGCUAAGGGUCCAGGAGUCAAUCAGUGACUUCUACUGGUACUAUUCAGGGAAGGAUGUUGUUGAUGCUGAAGGUCAACUCAACUUCUCCAAGGCCAUUGAAGUGGCAAAGCAGGUCUUCAACACACUUACCGAGUACAUACAGGGUCCAUGCACCGGAAAUCAACAGAGUCUAGCUCACAGCCGUCUUUGGGAUGCUGUAGUGGGGUUUCUUCAUAUCUUUGCUCACCUGCAGAUGAAGCUUUCUCAGGACUCAAGUCAAAAUGAACUUCUGAAAGAGCUCAUGGAUUUACAGAAAGACAUGGUUGUGUUUCUGCUUUCUAUGUUGGAAGGGAAUGUCAUCAAUGGAACUAUUGGAAAGCAGAUGGUAGACAUGUUGGUGGAGUCGUCUGGAAAUGUAGAAAUGAUUCUAAACUUUUUUAACAUGUUUCUUAAACUUAAAGACCUUACAUCUUCUGAGCUUUUUCGAGAAUAUGACCCUGACUGCAAAGGCAACAUUUCUAAAAAAGAUUUCCACAAAGUCAUGGAGUACUGCAACCAUUUUUCCCAAGCCGAGAUUCAUUUCUUGCUCUCCUGCAUGGAGACUAACGAGAGUGAAAUUGUGGAUUAUGCCGACUUUGUUGAUCGAUUCCAUGAGCCUGCAAAAGACAUUGGCUUCAGCAUCACAGUGCUUCUCACUAAUUUGUCUGAACACAUGCCCAAAGAUCCUAGACUGAAGACUUUUUUGGAAAUGGCAGAGUGUGUCUUGACUUACUUCCAGCCCUGUCUUGGACGCAUUGAGAUCCUUGGCAGCGGGAAGCGCUUUGAACGCAUCUACUUCGAGAUCAGCGAUUAUAGUCGCACACAAUGGGAGAAACCCCAGGUUAAAGAGUCUAAAAGGCAGUUCAUUUUUGAUGUGGUAAAUGAAGGAGGAGAGAUGGAGAAAAUGGAGAUGUUUGUCAAUUUCUGUGAGGACACCAUCUUUGAAAUGCAGCUUGCAGCCCAAAUUUCUGGCUCUAACGCCGGAGAGAAAUGUUCUGGAAAAGAAGGGGAGGACACAAAACAUGGAGAUGAUGAAGCCUUGGACAGCAAAAGAAUGUCUCUUGUGGAUCAAUGGUGGCUGUUCCUGUCAUCUGUGCUUUCAGUCAAAAAGACGUUGAUGAAAAUGUCACUGAAGGAUAUCUUUAUUUCAGCUUUUCUGCUCUUUCGAUUGAUUUGCUUGACCCAGAUCCAAUGCAUUAACUUUGUCAUCCGCAGCAUUUUGUACGUACUGUAUGUUGCUUUUGUUAGUGGCGGGCUCAUAGAGAAAGCAAAAAAGAUGAGGAUGUCAGAUUUGCUUGGCGGUAUCCUUGAGCCAACUCUUGAUGAGGUCAUGGAGGGGCCAAGUGGUGUGAAUCGACUUAGGAAGUACUCUGCCAGUUUCUUGUGCCCGACAGAAUUGAGUGAGAUUGGGCAGAUGGCAGCUUUGACCUCUCCAAGAGAGGUGGAUGCACUCUCCGACAUAUUUGGCCUGAAACUUAAAAAAGAGGGAGGCCAAUACCGACUAGUAUCAAAAGACCUCUCUGCGAGUCUGACUGACCUGUUCCAAACAGCCUCCAGAACAACUGUCACCACUGAAAUCUUUGAGCAGCAUCACAGUGUGUUCAGAGAACAAGUGGACACAGACGAAACAGCUAAAGAUGGGAACAUGAUCCAAUUAAAACAUACUGAAAAUGAGAAAUCUGAAAACAUGAAACCAGAGACAAACUUGACAAACAAGGGAUGUUCUAAUAAGUCAAAGGACUCACACGGCCAACAUUUUGCUCUGUGGGAGACGAUCAGCUCACAAAACAAGAGCCUGCUGAGCUUCUUUGCAAGAAACUUUUACACCAUGCGCUUUGUGGCUCUGUUUGUCACCUUUGCAAUAAACUUCAUUCUUCUAUUUUACAAAGUGGCAUCCAUGCCUGCAUCCAAAGGGGAGGAGGUUCGGAUCACAUCUGUUGACAGAGAAGAUCUGGACUCUGUUAUAGAAGAAGACAGCAGGGGUAGAGAUUAUUUUGUGCUGGAAGAGAGCAGCGGAUGGAUGGAGCCUUCUCUUCAUCUGCUUGCUUUUGCACACACAGUCAUCUCCUUCUGUUGUAUCAUUGGAUACUACUACCUCAAGGUUCCUCUGCUGAUCUUUAAGCGUGAAAAGGAAGUGGCACGCAAGUUAGAGUUUGAUGGCCUGUAUGUGACAAAGCAACCUUCCGAGGAAGACAUUAAAGGCCAGUGGGACAGACUGGUCAUUAAUACACCAUCAUUUCCCAGUAAUUACUGGGAUAAAUUUGUGAAAAGAAAGGUGAUGGAUAAGUAUGGUGACCUUUGUGGCUCUGAGAAGAUCAGCGAUCUUUUAGGUCUGGACAAGGCUGCUUUAGACUUCAGCUCUGUUAGAAAAGACAUGAUGAGAGUCAAAAAAGACACCGCCUGGGCUGCUUUAUUCAGGUCUAUUGAUGUGAAGUACCAAAUCUGGAAACUAGGAGUGGUCUUCACUGACAAUUGCUUCUUAUACUUGACCUGGUACAUGCUGGUGUCAUCUCUGGGUCAUUACAACAACUUCUUUUUUGCUGCUCACCUUUUGGACAUUGCAAUGGGCUUCAAGACACUUCGUACCAUCCUUUCUUCUGUUACACACAACGGCAAACAGCUGGUCCUGACUGUGGGUCUGUUGGCAGUCGUGGUGUAUCUUUACACUGUUGUUGCCUUCAACUUCUUCAGGAAGUUUUACAACAAGAGCGAUGACAUAGACACUCAAGAUAUGAAGUGUAAUGACAUGCUUACUUGCUACAUGUUCCACAUGUAUGUGGGAGUCCGUGCAGGGGGUGGGAUCGGUGAUGAAAUUGAGGAUCCUGCUGGAGAUGAGUUCGAGGUGGAACGAAUUAUCUUUGACAUUACUUUUUUCUUCUUUGUGAUUGUCAUCCUGCUGGCCAUCAUCCAGGGCUUAAUAAUUGAUGCCUUUGGAGAGCUUCGAGACCAACAGGAACAGGUGAAGGAGGAUAUGGAGACAAAGUGUUUCAUCUGUGGAAUAGGAAGUGAAUAUUUUGACGCCGUCCCUCAUGGAUUCGAGACUCACACUCUGCAGGAGCACAACUUGGCCAACUAUCUAUUUUUUCUAAUGUAUCUUAUUAACAAGGAUGAAACGGAACACACAGGGCAGGAAUCGUAUGUGUGGAAGAUGUACCAGGAGCGUUGCUGGGAAUUCUUUCCUGUGGGAGACUGUUUCCGUAAGCAAUACGAGGAUCAACUGGGAUGAAGGGAAAUCUGAAAUGUCAAAAGUCCAUGUAAAUUUCUGUUUCGCAGAAGCCACAGUGUUUGUUGUCUUUAAAAUCAGCAAGUCACAUUUAAUUUGCCUACUUACACUGCACCAAUGCUUGGUUUUAGAGUGUUUAUUUUUUUGCUAAAGCACAAGGAUUUACGGCUGAUCACACUUCGUUUACUUUGAAAUGAAAGAAUAAAAUAAACUUCCUUAUACCUAGUGUUUUAUUUUGUUUGUUGGGGGGUGGGGGGUGGGGGGGGGGUGGAUGAAGGGCAGGUGAAAAAAGGCAAAAAACUGUCCUGUUAUAAAUUUUGAAUUUUUAGACUAAUGUGUGUAAUGUGGCCUUAGUUUUCUAUUCAGACUCAGACUCAGUCAACUCUUUGCUUUGAUUGAUUUUUGCUUUCAGAAUAAAAUGAUUUGUUGUUCUAAUCCCAGCUUUCCAAGCCUUUCCUCUGUGUGACAUCCAAAUAAGCAGUCUCCCUCUGGCAUUUGUCCAUCUUUUUCUUAAGGCUUCCUUAUUUCAUUGCUGUGCAUGUCUGUCUUUGUAGGGUUCCUCCUAUUUCUGAGCUCAGUUUUUAGAUCUCUCUCUAUUUUCAUCCUCUUUUCACUCGUCACUCACCUUUUUCCUCCCUCUCUCAUUAUUAGCUGCGGCUCGCCAUCAGCUAUCCUAUUGCUCAGGUCGAACCACCGUCAUGGGAACAGAUCAUUGAGCUCAAUGAAGAGUUUGACGGCUCUCUUUGAUUGCCAUGAAAUGCUUUCAGGAGUUUUCUGGUGCAACCUUUAGACUGAAAAAGCGUGACGGAUUUUGUAAAACGGCAGAAACCCACGCCUUGUUAUCAAUGUGAAAGUUUUAAACAUUCAUUUCUAAAACUGAAGCUCUCUGAAGUGCAAUUUUUUUGAGUCUCCAUUUGAAUAAGAUUGUGAAGAAUGUGCUGUCUAGGCUUUUUAUGGGUAGGCAUUAGUAAAUCAUGUGGCUGCAUAAAUAAAUAUAAACAGAUAAUAUAAAAAGGAAACAAAUUAAUUUAGCAACACACUGGGUUAUUUAAAAAUAAAAAACAUAGAGGACGUAGGGUGUGGAACACUUUGUGAAUUUGAAAUAUUUUGUAUAUAUAUAGCCCAAAAUAAGGGAAAUAAAUGUUAAAUGUCAAAUAACAUGGCAAAAAAUGUAAAAGAAAAAGACUGACUGCCUGAUUAACUACGAUUUUUAACCAGUACAAUAAAAUUUGACGCGAUUAAUCAACAAACAAUCCUCUAACAGACCUAAAUGUGUCCUUAAAUUGUUUUUAUUUUUUAUUUUUUUGGCCUUGUCCCAUUUUAUUCCUGUGACUUUAGACAAAGGACAAUGGUUUAAUGAACAUGUUUGGAAAUCUAACUUUUACAGUAAUAUUUUAUUUUAUUGUUUAGUAAAGUUGAUUGGAGUUGGUCAUUAAAUAGGGAUGCCCAAUUGUUAUGAGGCUAAAAUAUAUUUAAAUUAUUUUAAGUAAUUAUUCCAAACAUCUGUUCUUGCUCCACUUAUUAAAAUGUCCACUCAUUGACUUUGAAACCACAUGCCACAGUUUUUAGCCUCAUGGUAAUUGUUAAAACUUAAACAAGAGCAUCUGAGUAAUAUAAAUAUAUUAGUUGAUGCUUAAAGCUAAUUUGGCUGAGAUAAUCCCAAACAUGUACAUAUUAAGCCUCUUUCAAUCUAUCCCAGGAGUCAUAAAUGCAGAAACUUUGCAUUCAAUUACUGCCUAUAAUGCAUCCUUACAAUACACCUUGUACUGUUUGAGUGAAUCACUUUCCUUUACCUAUGUCUCUAAUAUCCUUAAGAAAAAUUCUAUGAGGAAAAUAAAUGUUAAUGUUUUAUGUGUAAAAUGCAUAAUCCUGAAAGCCUUAAACUCCAACCAGGAAGGAUUUUCUUUCUAAAGCUAAAAACAUGAUUCCAAAAAUGCCUUUUCAUAGAAUUUGUUGCUUCUAUUUCUGAGAAAAAACAAGAGGUUGUAACAAAGACUAGAUAAUGUAAAAGGAAUUUCCUUAAGCAACAACAUCUGAAAUCAACCAUUUCAUUCCACAAAAUUUACAACACACUUAACACGCUCAAAAUUAAGUAACAAAAUUUCAUGUUCUUGAACUCUAUUGUUUCAAGAAAAGAACACAUUUGCUGUAAACAUUAGAUGUUUCAAGUUUGUACCAUUGUCAGAUUCACAGUAAAAAAAUAUUUCUCCAACACUGUUGGAUGCCUUAUAGUUGAUUAGCUACAACAUUAGCAUCUGAACUGAGGUGGAAACAUGGGAAAAUAAGAAAAAAAAAGCUCUUUCAUCAAAAGCCACUUUUAUUUUUCAAAUCAUCUCCUUCUCUUGAGUUCCUACAAAAAAAAAAAAAAAAA